GAUCCUGUUCUGCAAGAAUCCGGCGGAGACGUCAAUCAUCAGAUCCGGGCAUACAGUGUAUUGCCCGUCACCGAUCUCCGUGUCACACAGCUCAAGGCGGGGGCCAUGUUGUGUAUGGAACCCUCUAAUAUGUCAGGAGCAUGACCCUCGUACAGCACCGGCCCACAUAGCCUCCUAGUGCACUGGGACAGAAGCAGCUUCUUACCCAGCAUUGUGUUGCAUCCGGCCGGCCUGCACACUGCUCUCCUAUUAUCUGGGGCUAGGAACUUGGUCUUUUACUCUCAGACGGUUAAAUCCUCAUUAUCCAUCAGCUGACUUGCAGGAGCCCAAAAGGAGGGCCGACUCCCCUUUAUACAAAACCUUUCUGCAGACCUACAGAGCCCAGUGGUGACCUUGAGGCUUUUAUCUGCUGAGCACCUUUAUCCGAAGCAUGAAGAAGUUUAAAAGAAGGCUGUCCCUCACGUUACGAGGUAGUCAGACAAUAGACGAAUCAUUGUCUGAGCUGGCAGAGCAAAUGACCAUAGAAGAAAAUAGCAGCAAAGACAACGAACCUAUUGUGAAGAAUGGCAGGCCUCCAACAUCUCACAGUAUGCACUCCUUCCUCCAUCAAUACACAGGAUCCUUCAAGAAGCCCCCACUAAGAAGACCACACAGUGUUAUAGGUGGAAGCCUUGGCUCUUUCAUGGCAAUGCCCAGGAAUGGGAGCAGACUAGACAUAGUACAUGAAAAUCUGAAAAUGGGAUCAGAUGGUGAAAGUGACCAAGCCUCAGGGACUUCCUCUGAUGAAGUUCAGUCACCAACAGGAGUUUGCCUACGAAAUCGAAUACACCGGCGAAUAUCAAUGGAGGACUUGAAUAAAAGACUGUCACUUCCAGCCGACAUUAGGAUACCUGAUGGAUAUUUGGAAAAACUACAAAUUAACAGUCCACCGUUUGAUCAACCCAUGAGCAGAAGAUCACGUAGGGCGUCUCUAUCUGAAAUUGGGUUUGGGAAGAUGGAAACAUACGUCAAAUUGGAAAAGCUUGGUGAGGGUACAUAUGCUACAGUGUUCAAAGGAAGAAGUAAGCUGACGGAGAACCUUGUUGCUCUGAAAGAAAUAAGAUUAGAGCAUGAAGAAGGUGCCCCUUGUACAGCCAUUAGGGAAGUAUCAUUAUUAAAGGACUUGAAGCAUGCAAACAUCGUCACUUUACAUGACAUUGUUCACACAGAGAAAUCACUGACACUUGUCUUUGAAUAUCUGGACAAAGAUUUAAAACAGUAUAUGGAUGACUGUGGAAAUAUAAUGAGCAUACAUAAUGUAAAGAUAUUUUUGUACCAAAUUCUACGGGGUCUGGCUUACUGCCAUAAGAGGAAAGUCCUUCACAGAGACCUGAAGCCACAGAACUUGCUGAUUAAUGAGAGAGGAGAAUUAAAAUUAGCUGAUUUUGGUUUGGCCAGAGCUAAGUCUGUUCCUACAAAAACCUACUCAAAUGAGGUUGUCACAUUAUGGUAUAGGCCCCCAGAUGUGCUCCUUGGGUCUUCGGAAUAUUCCACGCAAAUCGAUAUGUGGGGUGUUGGCUGUAUAUUUUUUGAAAUGGCUUCAGGAAGACCUCUGUUUCCUGGUUCCACAGUGGAAGAUGAGCUUCAUUUAAUAUUCCGACUUCUAGGCACUCCAAAUGAAGAAACAUGGGCAGGAGUUUCUUCAAACGAUGAAUUCCGAAACUACAAUUUUCCCAAGUACAAACCUCAGCCUCUAAUCAAUCAUGCACCAAGGUUAGACUCUGAAGGCAUUGAAUUAUUAACGAAGUUUCUUCAGUAUGAAUCUAAAAAGCGAAUUUCAGCAGAAGAUGCUAUGAAGCACGCCUACUUCAGAAGUUUAGGAACAAAAAUAAACAGCUUGCCAGAAAAUGUCUCAAUAUUCAGUCUUAAAGAUAUCCAGUUGCAAAAGGAUCCUGGUUUUCGAAAUUCUUCUUAUCCGGAGGCAGGACACGGCAAGAACAGAAGACAAAGCAUGCUCUUUUAAGAUAUUCCUCUCACAGUUCCAUGAUAUCGGAUGCUUUGGUGGCGAUCCUCACUUGUGGAUUAUGGACUAUCUAUUUGUCUGCACUGAAUUACCUACAGUGGAGUCUUUUUUUAUUUCAGGCCUGCAGAUAUUUUUUUUUUUUUUUUAAAUAUUUGUUGUCACAGUGUGACAAAUAUUGUACAGUGGAUUUUAAGGUCUCCUCUGCUGAUAGAGCCAGUAGGUUACAGCUGUUGUGACUGUAGCUGCAAUUCUCGUGCGGGACUGAGACACAAUGCGUUAUUUAUUGCGGAAUCAUUGCUGCUAAGUGACUACUGUCUGAAUAUUUACCAUAACAAACAGUUGGAUGCCUGAAGAAGUUGCGGUGGCUUUAUAAUAUGUGAAUGCAUUUGUUUUACCCAAUGAAAUCUGUUUUUAUUUUUUAAUUUUAUUUUCUAUUAAAUUGUGUUAUUUCCUUGAA